UCGGCACUUUUUUUCCUGCACUGCACCGCUCUGCGGAUCGCCCCGGGGCUGCUGUCGGCGCAUGCGCAUUGCGAUGAGAUAACCAGCCGGCCGCGGAACGUCCCUCCUCCUCCAUUCAUCCUUCUUUUUAUUUAUUUUAUUUUAGUUUUUUCAUUUAAUAAGCUAAUAGGCUGUGAUCUCUUCAGACGUGCCUUAAGAGUCAUUUUCAGUUGGCUGAGAUUAAUAGAUAGGAAUCUAAUAGCACAGAUCGGGUUAACCCUUUCUCUGCUUGAAUAGCUCUCAGUGUGUGUGUGUGUGUGUGUGUGUGCGUGUUUGGGUGUGUGCGUGUGUGUGCGUGCGUGCGUGCGUGUGUGUGCGUGUGUGUGCGUUAAACCUCAGGCUUUAGUUCAGUGACUGCAUCAUUCUUGCAUCAAAUAGCAAAGAAAAUGGCAAAAGACGGCAACAAGAGCGAAUGGAAAGAGUUCAUCUGGAACCCGAGGACGCGCGAGUUCUGCGGGAGGACCGCCAGCAGCUGGGGCCUGAUCUUCUUGUUCUACCUGGCCUUCUACAUCUUCCUGGCCGGAUUAUUCAGUGUCACCAUCUACGUCAUGCUUCUGACCCUUGAUGAUAACAAACCCACCUACCAGGACAGGCUUGCUACACCAGGCAUGAUGAUCAGGCCUACAGGUAAAGACCUGGAGAUUAUCUACACCAAGGAGAACACCGAGAGCUGGGACUCACACGUGCAGGCUCUGAACAACUUCCUCUCCACCUACAACGACUCAGUGCAGGAGCAGAAUAACGUGGCUUGUACGCCAGACCAGUACUUCAUCCAAGAGGACAGCGACAGCGUGAAGAACAUCCCUAAGCGCUCGUGCCAGUUCAAGCGCUCCAUGCUGGAGGAAUGCUCAGGCCUCACUGACCGCUACUAUGGCUACUUCGAUGGCAGGCCAUGCGUCAUCAUCAAGCUCAACCGGGUGAUUGGUAUGCUGCCAGGGAAGGAUGGCCCGGCACCGGCUGUUAGUUGUGGUCCUAAGAAAUACAAAAUCAACCUAGAUGAAUGGGGUGAUGACUCAGACAAGAUGGGGGAGGUGGCAUACUUUCCUCCCAAUGGCACCUUCAACCUCAUGUACUUCCCAUACUACGGCAAGAAGGCACAGGUGAACUACUCUCAGCCUCUGGUGGCCGUCAAGUUCCUGAACAUCACGCUGAACGCCGAAGUGAACGUGGAGUGCAAGAUCAUCGCCAACAACAUCCACACUAACAAUGACCGCGAUAAGUUUGCCGGCCGCGUCUCGUUCAAGCUGAGGAUCAACUCCAGAAAAUAAUUUGAAGGAAGUCGGUGCCGUCUUUAUACGCUCUUGUGUAUACACAUAUACAUCUGCUUUAUACACACAUCCCCCAUGCACUCUAUCAUAUCGUAUACAGGAUGCUCCGAGAAAAACACACCAGACACAACAGUCUCAAAUGAUCAAACGUGUUACUGAAGUCAUCAAAAAUAAGCCGAAUUUGUGUGUGUCUUUGUGUGUGCGUGUGUGUGUAUAUACACUGAGUGUUUACAAGUAUUACCAAUUUUAUCUGAGAAAUCUAUUUAUACUGCAUGACUAUAAUGUAAAAGAGACAUUUAUGAUCGAAAGCAGUGAGGAUUUGAUGGAGAGAUGGCAAGGGUGUGAUUGAUCAGAUCACAUGACUCAAAAUGGGGCAAAACACCGACAUUAAAAUUGUACAAUACGAA